AUGGCCAAAUUCGUGAUCGCGGGUAAAGCUGAUUGUCCAUAUUAUGCCAAAGCAGAACUUCUAGCAGACUAUUUACAAAAGAAUCUUCCUGAUUUUCAUAUUUAUAAAAUUACACAGCAUCCUGAUAUUUGGGAGGAGUGGUUGAAAGAUGUGUGUGAAAAGAAUAAGUGGAGUCACAGGUCAUCACCCAUCAUCUGGAGAGAGCUGUUGGACCGUGGUGGAAAGGGCCUACUGCUGGGAGGAUACAAUGAAUUCCUGGAGCAUGCCCAGCUUUACUACGGUGUCACCUCUAGCAUGUCAACUCAGCUUAUGAUGGUGAUUGCCAAGGAAAACCUGAAGGCUCAUAUCGAAAAAGAGGUGGAAGGAGAAUCCCAACAAGAUCUUGUCAGUCCCUUACAGGUCUGGAUCACCAGUGCCACUGCUCCUGCUUGCUACCACCUCAUUCCCAUACUGACAAGUGGCGAAGUGUUUGGGAUGCAGACAGAAAUUAGCUUGGUACUAUUCAGCAGCAAGCACAUGGAAGAUUCUCUCCAAGCCCUGGUGACUGAAGCCGAGGAUCUAGCGUCACCCCUCCUCCACAAGGUCUCCAUUUGCACGAAGGAAGAGGAGGCCUUCUGCGGGGCCCACGUUAUCAUCAUUCUGGAUGACCCCACAGACCGUGAGAUAUUCUCCUUGGAAGAGUGCCUCCGGAGCAGAGUAUCUCUCUGCCAGCGCUACGGGACCCUGAUGGAAAAAAAUGCUGAUACCUCGGUCAGAGUUAUCAUAGCAGGCAAAACCUUCGUGAAUCUUAAAGCAUUUUUGCUUAUGGAAUUUGCCCCAAAUAUCGCGCGCAAUAUCAUUGCAGUGGCUCUGGGAGUGGAAGGUGAAGCUAAAGCUAUGCUGGCCAGAAAAUUGAAAACAACGCCCUCAUACAUAAAAGAUGUAAUCAUCUGGGGCAAUAUCAGUGGAAAUCACUACAUUGAUCUGAGGAAAGCGAAGGUAUACAACUAUAAAGGUGCCGUUUGUGGACCUCCUGGUUACUCACAGCCCGUUUUAAGCUUGAUUUUUGACAGUGAAUGGGUAAAAAAAGAAUUUGUGGACACUUUGAAAAAUUUGAGUGUCACCGGAAAACACUUUGGAGGCAUUUUAGCUGCACAUAGUAUAGCCACUACACUAAAAUACUGGUAUUAUGGCUCACCACCUGGCGAGAUUGUAUCUUUAGGAAUAUUGAGUGAAGGUCAAUUUGGUAUUCCUCAAGGGAUUGUCUUUUCUAUGCCUGUGAAGUUUGAAAAAGGAACUUGGGUGGUUCUUACAGAUCUCCAAGAUAUUGAGUUAAGCCAACAAAUAAUGGCCAGAAUGACAAGUGAUCUGAUUCAGGAGAAACUUGUUGCACUCGGGGAGCUGGAAGUUUAUCAGCGGUACAAAUCAGAAACUGAUUUACCCAAAGUAUAUGAAAAUUUCACUGUACCCAAAGUAUUUGAAAACCUGAAUGAACAAAAGUUUUCAGAAGAACAUAAAGGGAGUAUGUAUUCUGAGCUAACCACAGAUGAAGAAAAGGAGCUGCAUCUGUCAAAUGUGGAGUUUUUGGACAUGAUUCCUCAAACCACCUCUGAGAAGCUGCAUCAAGAUUCCAGCAACGAUUCAAAAAUUCCAGUCAUUGUCAUGCAGCUGCCUACAGUACUCAGAAUAGCAUGA